AUGCUAUCUGCUGAUGAAAAACCCUGCUACCGGCUACAUCCAGCUACUGCCUUGUCCCAGGCAGCUACUGAUGCGCAGACGGGAGCAACUGAGCAUGCGAUUUGCCCAAAAAAUUGGGAGUGGCCGAUCGGCUCAAAAACCCGCGAGCCCAAUCCAGCCCGGCUACGACGAGGCACGAUGCCAGAGUAUCAUCCUGGAACUGAUGUUGAGAUCCCGAGCGGUGUGCCGAGCAGUGGCUUUCGUAAUGCCAUUCCCAAUGCGAAGCGAUACAUGAAGCACAACAUGGUGGAGAUCAAGGCUGUUCGCGAGGCGUCCUAUACUGGCGACUAUGCGAAGCUUCAGGAGAUGCUUGCGACGGGAGACGAGAAGACCCUGUUCAAUGGAGAUUUGAAUGGCUUUGUGAACAACAUCACCGCGCUGCAUAUGGCCGCAAUGGCGGGGCAGACGGAGGGUGUGGAGCUAUUGCUGAAAGCCAAGGCGGACCCUCACGUGAAGGAGAGCAUGAAGUAUGGAAAUGAUCCGGAGGACGGGCGCACGGCACUGGAAUUUGCCAAGGCUGCUGGAUACGAUGACAUCGUCGAAAUUCUGGAGCAUGCAGAGAAGGAAAUGCCUUAUGGUUGGUAUGUUCCCUCUGGAGAGGGCAACAAUGCCAAGGUCUACAACUGCUGGGAGUGGGGCAAGAAACCGACCAAAGGGUACUUCUCUUCUCGCCCUGGAGCGGCUGAAGCCAAUGGUUUUGAUCCGAUGAAAUACGGCACUGGCCCUGUGAAGGACGACGAUGAUGAGGAGGAGGUGGUCCAAAAGUUGGAUGCUCCAAAGAUUGCAGCGCCAACGAAGGCCCUGCCAGCCGCCGCCGCAUCUGGGCCUGCACCGCUGCCAGUGGCCUUGCUCUUCCCUGGUCAAGGAUCUCAAUGUGUGGGAAUGCUGAAGCAGGUCAAGGAUAUUCCAGCCGUGCAGGGAAUGCUGAGCUCUGCCAAGGACAUUCUAGGUUAUGAUGUAUUGGAUCUGUGCUUGCAGGGCCCAGAGGCCAAGUUGGAGGAGACCCGCUUCUGCCAGCCUGUGAUGUUCCUUGCUGGACUCGCAGCGGUUGAGAAGCUGAAGAGUGAGAAGUCUGAUCAUGCCACUCGUUUCGAAGCUGCUGCUGGUCUCUCCUUGGGUGAAUAUACCGCCCUUUGCGCAGCUGGAGCGUUUACUUUUGAGUAUGACGUGCUGCCACGUUGGUUGCUGCUCCUUGCAGCAUGGCCCUGUGUGGCCGUAGUGUUAGAGACGCCAGCGAAGCGGAAGAAAACGCUGCCCAAAGGGCUCUUGAGGGAUGACCUUCAAGGACCUUUAUUCGUGCACAUCCCAAAGACAGCAGGCACCUCGAUUUGGAAGGCACUGGGUCCCAACUACACGGACUCGGGCAGGUAUCCUGAGGUGGCCUUUUUUUGCAUGAAGCACAACCCUCCCAAGGAGCAUGUGCCAGAUAGCUGGGCGGUGGUACGUGAUGUUUGCGAUCGCUUGGUGUCGGAGUUUGCUUGGGCUCGAUUGCAAGGAUGGUAUCAAGCGUAUCAAAAAGAUGGCUUGCACUACCACGAAGAGCCCAAUUGCACCACUUUCAAUAAGUGGGUGACCUUGGUCAUGAAGAAGUACGAGCAGGACUCUGACGUGGAAGAUUGCCAUCUCAUCCCACAGUGGUGCUGCGUGCCUGCAAUGUGCUUCAAGUUGCCAGUACGCUAUGCUUCGAAGGUGGACAAGAUGAUCCCUUUGUCUCAGCAUUUGGAAAGCGACAUCCACAAGAUGGACCCACGCUUGAGUCACGUCGACUUGCACAGUAGCAACAGCCAUUCUCAUGUGGCGAAGCGAAUGAACGUGUCCUGUGGCUGCCUGACGCCUGCAAACCUACAUGCAGUUCAAAGUCACUUCUUGGAGGACUUCGUCCAUCUCAGGAGCGUACUAGGACCAUCGAAGUACGAGCCCAAAGCUGAUGUGCUCACAGUUCCACAGAAAGGGAAAAGCGAUGCCAAAGUGAAGCAGGGUGGUGCAGCCAUGCAGGACGCAGCCUCCAUCGGGAAGCAGGCGAUGCUCUCUGUGGCUGGCUUUGAAAAGGAGAAGUUGUCAGGUCUCUGCGAGGAGGCCCGCAAGUUCGAAGGUGCUAAGGGCGUCUGUCAGAUUGCCAAUGAGCUCUUCCCGAAAGGAUUCUCUUGCGCUGGCACAGAGACAGCUAUCAACAAGCUCAAGGAGUUGGCUGAUAGCGGUGGAGCCCUCCAGGCGAAGGUCUUGAAGACCUCCGGCGGCUUCCACACCUCUUUGAUGGAGCCGGCGAAAGCCAAGCUGGCGCAGGCCCGACAGCCGAUUCCAUGGCGCCACGCCGUGGAGGUUUCCGAACGGAACACGGAGGUAGAUGCGGAGCGCGAACAGCUCCGCGGGGCCUGGCAGCGGCUCUCAGAGGAGAGGGACCUGACCACCGAGCAUUUGGAGAAGCUGAGACAAGAGACUGAGGAGUGGUGCUACCGUGAGAAACUCAAAAUUGACAAUGAGUGGCAGCGCCUCAAUCAGUUGAGUGAGGAAAUGACUAAGAUGUGGCCAGCGACAGUGGAAAUCCUGGAAAUCAACUGUUCUGGUGAGCAUUUCACGAUUCCUCGAGAGACGAUCUGUGGAAUCGAGGGCUCCGUUCUGUCGGAGAUGUUCAGUGACGAAUUUCUCCAUGAAAUACCCAGAGACGAAGAGGGUCGUUUUUUCCUGGAUUUCAAUCCUCAGUGCUUCGGCAUGGUGGUGGAGUAUCUGAGAAACCGCCGCUUGCGUGCGGACGCGCCCUUGCCGCUGGUGCCACAAAUGCAGAAGCGAAACAUGGAACUCUUGGCCGAAGCCUGGAAAUUGUGGCCUUUCCUGAAGACCAAUCGACUGAACCAACUCCAUGGAACGUCUUUGCACAUCUCCACUCAGCUCGUUGAUCAAAAGGAGCUGCACAUCAUUCGAGCCACACACCCUGGAUGGCAGGUGCUUGGGGCUGAGCAGCCACUGCCCGUGUCCACGCUUUCCUACUUCGAAGUCAAAGUCUUGCAGAACCCGGACACGCGCGGAGGCUUGGCGCUGGGGGUCUGUGGCCACUUGCCAAGUGGCACCGAGACACAUUCCAUUCGCUUACAGCAGUGCGUUUUGUACAACAGCAACAAUGGGCUGCUGGGAGAUUCCAUUGGCGAGCAUGACGUGAAAGCUGGCCUCAAUCUCUGUGACGGUGAGAGUCUUGGCCUUUGUCACGACGUGAUCUCUGGGAGCCUCCAGUGGUACCACAACCGUCAAUUGAUCGGCACAUCGACCUUCAAAGCGCGAUGGAGUUCGGUGUUUCCGGUCUUUGGACUCUACGUGCCCGGACAGUCGGUUGCUGUGGACUUUCAAGCUGAGGCCUUAGAUGACAUGCUGCCCAGAAUGCAGCCGUUGAAGCAUAGCGUCUACAUGAACACCACGGGAGAGGCACUAAAGCCUGGCACAGAACCCAAGGCAGUGGUUGAGCUGCUGAAGAAGCAGCUCACCAGCCCAGUCCUCUGGGAGCCAUCGAUGCAGAAGAUGAUUUCGUCUGGGAUCACGGAUUUCUAUGAGUGCGGCCCCAACAAGCAGAUCAAGGCAAUGAUGAAGCGCAUCAAUCCAAAGGCUUGGGGUGCGACCACCAACGUGGAGGUCUGA